AACGUCUUACGGCUAGCCGACUGAAAAAGCAGAUUGGAUUAUGCCUGUAUCACCCGCAGUGCUCCAAUGGGUCAAUGCGAAUUACCCAAGGCCGAAGGUCGACCUCGAGUGGCUCGAAGCAUGCUGCGCCUGGAUUACUACUGACCUUGGGCUUCCUGCGACUCCAACGCCAGCCUCGCCCGCAUUCUCGCGGCUCACAAAGAAUAUCGAGCUACAGCUGCUGCAAUCCUCGCUCUCGGACUCGCUCCAACCCAACACGGGCAUCCCUCCUUCCGUUCUCGAUGGAAGCAUUCAAAGGUCUGCCCUCGGUGGGCGCGCGGCGUGUCUCGUCGAGGUUGUUGCGCUCGACGAAGUGGGACAUAGCGCGUUCAGUCUGAUGAACGUGCGGCAGGCGCGGAUCGACCGUGCGGAUCUAGCGGGACUCGCGAGGGAGAGAGAAGGAGGAGAAGAAGGCGGGGAAGGCCAGGAUGAGGAAGAUGAAGGGCCCGUGCCUCGCUAUCCACGGUCGAUGCUCAAGUUGACGCUGAGCGAUGGAACGCACGAGUUCAAGGCGAUGGAGUACAAGCGCAUCCCCGAGCUCAAGCUAGAAGAUACGCCGCUUGGUUACAAGAUCGCUUUAUUACCCACGACUCAAUUCAGACGGGGAGUUGCCUACCUUGAGCCCGGAACGAUCGUCAUCAAGGGCUAUCAGACUGAAGACCGCGACGUGCAUCGCGACCGCGUCUUCCUGCGUGGUCUGCGGCUGCGGCUGGGUCAGCCCAUAGCAGACCUGGAUGCCGAUAUCGGUCAGGAGGAACAACAGCAGCCACCACAAGAUCCACCACCACCACCGCCACCACCUUCCGCAGCGCCCGCACCAUGCCCCACCGCGUCUGUACCGCGUCCCACUGCACCUACAAGCUCCGCCGCGACGACACUUGUUGCCUCGCCGUACUUCUCAGGCAAACCUACGCCAACGGCGAGCAACGCUGGCCCAUCGAAGCCCCCGCCUGUCGGGCCUCAGCGUCGGGUCGUACCUGUAGAUGAACUACCACCACCUUUCCCGGACGACGAAGACGAGGAAACGUUCUGGGGAACCAGCCUCCUGGGUGAUGGCGUGCCGUCCUCGUCGACCGUCGGCACAUCCGAUCCUCCUCCCGCCCGAAACGAGGAACCCGAUCAAAACCGGACGGGUCCAGAUGGAUCGGGAGGCGCUGGUUCUGGGCGCCAGAAUCGAUCGCUGACGGAGAGCGAUACGUUCUCGGGAGAGUUCGGCGACGACAGCUUCUCGAUGAUGGACGACAGUUUCCUCGCACAGAUCGACAUUGUCGAACAACAAGCUCUCUCUGUAGACGCGCACACCCAGAGUACCACUGGGCGGCUCCGCGGCGGCGCACCGAGUUCGAGCAUCCCCACAGCAAGCUCGGGCACCGCUUCGAGUCAGGCAUUGCACUCGUCGCAAACACGGCCGAAGCCGCUCGCAGCGGUCAUAGACGACAGCAUCGAGCUGCUCGACGGGCCCCCACCUCCUACACAAGCGAGAAGGAAAGAGAAGAAGACGAAACCGCUUACGCAGAUGGCGAUGGACGACAGCAGCGUGAUGGUGCUGGACGGCCCGCAGCCGCCAGGGAUCCGGCGCCAGCUUGGGUGGAACCACGAUCCGUCGAUCGACUUCGAGGACUGUCCACGAGUGCCCGCGCACACUCUUCGCGAUCCCAACGUCGGAGCAGGAGGCGAUACGGACAUCGAGGACGAGGAAGUGGUGUACGUGAAGGAAGAGAAGAAGCCCGUGGCGUCCCAGCGGCGGGUGAAGCGACGUGUGGCCCGGGAGGCGAUCCCCUCGAGCGAGGGUGACUUCAUCGAUCUUUCAGAGGCUUGA